GGCGCCGGUGGAUGUGUUGACCGUGUCUCCAGUGCAGCCUCUGUCAGACUGAGGGGCGCUCCGAGGCCGCAGCCCUAUGUCCCCGCAGUGCACUUUAUCUACAUGAGAGAAUUGGAAGCUGCAGCUACCAAAGACAUUGAAGGAAGUCUGAGGAGGGGUACAGCGCAGCAGGAGGAAAUACAGUUAAUGGAAGAAAGGAAAAACCGAAAGAACGAUAAGAAAAAGAAGGAAACUGCCUCUAAAAAGGCGUCAGAUCAAAAAAACAAAGUGCCAGAACAAAUACUAAGCCAGCCUCAGCCUGUCAAUGGGAACAGUGGCAUUUCCACCGUAACCAGCAUUCAGAAUAAUAAUGCCAAGCGGCCCACAGCACUCAGUCCGCAGCAGCAGCAACAACAAGCGGCGUCUCGUUAUCCUCCCCGCGAAGUACCACCGCGAUUCCGACACCAGGAACAGAAACCUCUUGUGAAGCGUGGGCAACAGAUUCCCGGCAUAGCAGCCAGUCUGGGUUUAACCACUAAAGUAUUAAACAAAGAGUCAGAAAGCAGCACUGUAGUGUGUCCCGAACACACAUCGACCGAAAAUCAGCCAGGCAUGCCUCCCAUUCGGGAUUUGGUCAGCCACUCCCCUAAUCAGCUAGAUAUCAAUCACGCUAGUCUAGGAUCUCACUAUGAAAAUUCGCACUGGGGAUCAGUCUCUUCCAACGGUGAUUCAGGCACAAAUUGGGAUAAGGUUAUUGUAGACGGCACAGACAAGGAAGCGUGGCCAUCCAUCACAGGCAGCAGCCCAGAAAUAGCUUCAGAAUGUAUGGAUAUUGAAUCCACCACAAACUGCGGGCUGGAAAAAAGCCACAUCGUGCCAUUUGGAGACGCCGUAGGGGAAAUGGAUACCAUAAGGAAUGGCAUUGGGCACAGUUCUCAAAGCAAGCUUUUGGUCGGCAGCAACAGCAAUAAUGCAGGCAAUGGAAGUAUUAAUGGGCCUUGGGGUGUAACUCACGGACCCAUGAUAAGCACAUGCCAAGAUGGCCCCGAUAGCAAAUCAGACAGUAGGCACAACCGGAUGAAUGCUUGGGGCGCCGUCAGCAAUUCGGUGAACGGAGUUGUGAAUCCAAGCACUUUGAACAUGAAUGGCAACCAUGGUGCCUGGCCUGUUUUGGACAGCAAUGGACAUACCCAUAAAGGGUCUAAUAAUUCUGGCACAAGUAGUACUAUAGGUCAGGUGUCUAACAAUCGGAGUAUUAACCCUAAAAUGGGAAGCUCUAACCCGGGCUCCUGGGGAAACAUUCAGGAGAAUGGAGAUUGUGAACUUAAUGGUACACAGAAGGCUUCUUAUGGUGGACAACCUCAAAACCUUAACACUGAAAUGACUGGACCAAAUAACACUACUAACUUUAUGACCUCUAGUUUACCAAACUCUGCUGGUGUAAUGCAGACAAACGAACUGCCUCAUUCUACAGGGCACGGGGCGUGGAGUGUGGGCACCAUGAAUCAUUCUCCACUUCACACCCCUUCAGUUACAAAUGGCACUUCCAUUCCUCACCUUAGCAAUGGGGAGGAAACAAACGGCGGAUCAUACGGUACUACAUGGGGUACCUCCGGCUCAAACUACUCCGGAGACAAAAGUUCAGUCCCUAAAGGGCAAGCUAAUGGCGACACUGUGAAUGCGACAAUAAUGCAGCCGGGUAUGAACGGGCCCAGCGGCCCAAACUUUAAAAUCAACGGGAAUAAAGGAGGAUUAUGGGAGUCGGGGACUGUAAACUCCCAAAAUAUGCAUUGGGGAAGCGAAAAUGGAGGGACUUCUGGUGGAAAUCCCAGAGGAUGGGGAAACCCAGCACAAAACACUGGCACUAACAUAGCGAACGGAGAUUGGAACAAAGCUUCUAAUAGUAAUCAGCAUUCCAAUGAGGGAGAGAAUUCAGAAAAUGGCAGGAAAGCAUCAAACGGCUGGAAAUCUGCAGAGGAAGAGAAUGCAGGGCAAAAUCCAACAGGGUCUAGGGGCAAUGAGACAAGUAAUGUAUGGGCCAAAAGUACAGGGGAAAGCGAAGGUAGCGUAGACAGCACUGGAAGCCAGAGCGAGCAAAUCGGUGGGCUUCAGCCUGUGGACAGAAGGAAAGUGGACCAACAGACAUUACUCCAAAGUAUUGUAAAUCGAGGUGACCUGGACCCUCGGGUCUUGUGCAACACUGGCUGGGGUCAGACUCCUAUUAAACAGAACACUGCUUGGAACAUUAAAGCUGCUUCGCCUCGGAGCGACAGGAAGACUGACAAUGGAACAGAAGCUUGGGGGGCCUCUGUGUCAAAGACUUCUAACUCAGGGGGAUGGGUGGAGAAACCCAACCCUAAUAGCAAUGAUACCUCAUCAGUAUCUGAGUGGGGAGAUCCAAAGCCUGCUACAGGGUGGGGUGAUGCCAAAGGCUCUGUAAGCCAAGGGAAUUGGGGGGAUCAAUUUGCUGCUACUACUGGAACGGUCAAGAGCAAUCAAUCAUGGGGUAAAGAGGACAAAUCUACUUGGAACGAUGCACAAAAGGUCAAACAAGGUUGGGGUGGGCACAGUAACGAUGGCUGGGGAGAAAAUUCCAAAAGUAAUCAUUGGGGUGCAACAAAGUCUAGUUCUAGCAGUGACAGCGAAAAGUCUGGCUCAGGUUGGGGAGAUAAAAAAUCCAACUCCUGGGGUAGUGUGAAUGCCAAUAACAAUUCCGGUUGGGUCGACGGAUCUAAAGCAAACGCAAGCCAAGGAUGGGCAGAACCGACAAGGUUAAACCAAGGAGGUGGAGAUGCUUCCAAAUGUGGUCCAUCUGAAAUGGAGAGUGAUCAUCUGCAAUCAAAUAACUCCACAGAAAGGGGGAAGAAGCCAGAGACCGGAAACUGGGGAGGCCAACCAGCCAACAAUAAACCAUCGAGCUGGUUAGGCGGACCUUUGUCAACUCCAAUAAGAGAAGAGGAGCCGACCGGUUGGGAAGAGCCUUCUCCAGAGUCCAUUCGACGCAAAAUGGAAAUAGAUGAUGGAACUGCGGCCUGGGGAGAUCCGAGUCAGUACAAAUACAAGAAUGUGAACAUGUGGGAUAAAAAUACAUCUAAUACCACCACCACCACCACCACCAGUGGGGCUGAACAUCCAACCCAAGGGCAUCAUCUGCCCCCACCCACAAGUGCAGUGCCAAACAAGGAGAGCAGCAGUGGCUCCGGUUGGGGAGACACUUGGUCAGAGCCGGCAGCUCCAUCUGUGGAUAAUGGCACCGCUGCGUGGGGUAAACCCAUGGAAACUGCUGGCAGCUGGGGGGAGCAAAAUUCUGACAUGGCAUCAUCUGGUUGGAGCCAUACUCCCAUUGGUCAACAGGUCUCAGGCAAACCCGGUCCCAAAUCUAUGCAAGACGGUGGCUGGUGUGGAGAUGAUAUGACUGGGACUGGGGGCCGUGUCAACGGAUGGGAUGAAGAUGAUGUGGAAAUAGGAAUGUGGAACAGCAAUUCCUCGCAGGAAACCAACUGGCCGCCAUUUAUGAAGAAAAUGCCUUCAAAGGGAAAUUUGAAAAAUGGUAAUAAACAGGAUGACGGCUGGAUGAACCCAUUCGUUAAGCAGUUCAAUAACAUGGGAUUUUCAAGAGAGUCACCAGAUGACACUUUACAGAGCAAUAAAAUGGACCUUUCUGGAGGGUUAUUCCCAGACAAGCGGAUGGAUCUGGAUAAGUCAGGCCUUGGAGAUUACAGUCGAGUGAUUGGGAAAGGCUUUGGGCCUCGGCACUUUUCCAAAGAGUCUUCCAUGGAUCACAAUUCUUACUUCGAUAAGAAUGGCAAUCCCAAUAUGUUUGGUGUUGGCAGCGCAGCACAAGCUCGGGGCACGCAGCAGCCUCAAGCACUUAACUCAUCUCAGCCUAAUCUCCGUGCGCAAGUGCCUCCUAAUAUGAUGCCCCCUCAGGUUCCUCCCUCUUUACUGAAAUAUCCACCUAACAAUACGGGCCUGAAUCCAUUGUUUAAUCCCCAGCAAGUAGCCAUGUUGAACCAACUUUCUCAACUUAGCCAACUUUCCCAGCUCUCUCAAAUCUCCCAGCUACAGAGGUUAUUGGCUCAGCAGCAGAAAGUGCAGAACCAGAGGGGAGGAAUGCCCCAAGGAGGGCGCCAGCAGCAGGAACAGCAGGCCCGCUCCCUUGGAAUGCAGCAGCAGCAGCAGCAACAGCAGCAACAAUUCCGCCAGAUGGAUCACAAUCUCCUGAUGAAGCAAGCAAUGCCUCCUUCACAACAGCAAAUGCUUCAUCAGCCUCCUGUAAAGUCCUUCCUGGACAAUGUUCUCCCCCACUCCACCCAAGAACUUCCAAAAGUUCCUUCACCCAUCAACACUUUCAAUGGCUUCUCAUUAGGCUUGAACGCGAAUGUAAAUAUGGAACUUGGGGGGAUAAAGGAACCACAAUCCCGCCUGAGGAAGUGGACUACAGUGGAUAACAACAUGUCUCCUAAUAAUUCACUGGAACAGAACUCCAGUAAACACGGUGCUAUUUCAAGUGGUUUUAGGCUUGAAGAUUCUCCAUUUGGUUCUUAUGACUUCAUGAACAGCAGUAACUCUCCAUCCAGCCCUCCAGGAUCUAUAGGGGAUGGCUGGCCCAGUGCCAAAUCGCCAAAUGGCUCCAGCAGUGUCAAUUGGCCACCAGAAUUUCGCCCUGGUGAGCCAUGGAAAGGAUAUCCAAACAUAGACCCUGAAACUGACCCCUAUGUCACUCCUGGCAGUGUCAUCAAUAAUCUGUCAAUUAGUACUGUGCGGGGUGUUGACCACCUCAGGGACAGAAACAGUGGGUCAUCCUCAUCUCUGAACACCACGCUGCCUUCAAAUAGUGCCUGGUCAUCCAUUCGUGCCUCCAACUACAAUGUCUCCCACAGCAGUACCGCACAAAGCACUUCAGUUAGAAAUAGUGAUCCCAAACCAACAUGGCCCCCUGGUUCCGUCAGUAACACCUCCCUGGCUCAUGAGCUGUGGAAAGUCCCUUUGCCAUCUAAAAGCAUCAGUGCUCCGUCCAGGCCUCCCCCAGGGCUCACUGGUCAGAAGCCGCCUUUAUCUGCCUGGGAUAAUGGCUCCCUGCGCCUAGGUAGUGGUUGGGGAACUUCUGAAUCCAGAUACACUCCAGGUUCCACUUGGAGUGAUAAUAGCUCAGGGAGAAUAACCAAUUGGCUAGUUUUGAAAAACCUAACACCUCAAAUUGAUGGCUCCACCCUGCGUACCCUGUGCAUGCAGCAUGGGCCUUUGAUUACAUUCCAUCUGAACCUGCCCCAUGGUACUGCUCUGGUCCGUUACAGUUCCAAGGAAGAGGUAGUAAAGGCACAAAAGUCUCUGCACAUGUGUGUUUUAGGGAACACUACUAUCCUUGCCGAGUUUGCUAGUGAAGAGGAGAUCAGUCGUUUCUUUGCACAAGGCCAGUCAAUGACUCCUUCCCCAGGCUGGCAGUCCCUGGGCUCUAGCCAUUCCCGGCUAGGUUCUCUGGAUAGCCCCCACAGCAUCUCGAAUCGCGGAGAUAUCAAUCACUGGAACAGCCCAGGUGCUUCUGGCUCCAGCUCUGGAGAUCUUCAUGGCACUUCUCUGUGGGGUACCCCAAACUAUUCCACAAGCUUAUGGGGUAACCCAAGCAGCGAGAGCAGGGGUCUGAGCAGUUCAUCACCUGUCGGCGCUUUCCUACCUGUCGAUCACUUAAACGGAGAGCCCAUGUAGCCUACGUCACCCAUGACCUCAGAUGAUUGUUACUGAUCAGCCCCUGGCUGGACUUGUAUGUGUGAACCCUCUGCAGGCUGCACUGCGGAUAGCUCUUCUGCACACUUCCCACUUUUUUUUAGCCCACAACAUAUCAGUGUGAAAUACUUGAAUCAUGCAGGCCAAUAAUAUAAUGUGAAAUAGAAGAGGAAAAAAAAAUUAUCUAUAUUUACACUUCCACAUUAGUGCUAGAACUGUGUCUGAUGAGCUGUUUGUCGGUUUCGAAUUCCAGUUUUAUAUAAUUUUUUUCUUUUUUUUUCAACGUCUGAACCCAGUUUGUAUGUCCCGAGCUCGGUAUUUACCUGUCUGCCCUACGACUACCCCAGGUUUUCUCUGUUUGCACUGAACGGUGCGUCGCAUUUUAUGUUUUUACCUUGUAACGAUCAGAAACGGCUCAAGUGUAACUGUUUACUUACGACGACACAUAAGUGGUUUAAUGCUCGUUAUUUCUAAGAUGCCUUGAUAUGCCUACCUAAUUGUGGUAUUACAAAGUUUUAGCCGCCUUCCAGCUCCUGAGUGAUGCCCAGCCGCCCACUGCAGAGCAAUAGGCAAGGGCUGGCGCCUCCAGCGCUGAAGGGGGUUAAAAGAACUGACCGGUUAUAACUUAGUUUUUAAGAGUUGAAAAAAAAAAAAUGCUAAAAAUAAUGAAAAGUAUUGCACCAGGUUUUCAUGACUAAAAACCUAAUAGAAUUUAGCUCUACGGUUUUAAUAAAAAAAUAUCUAUAUAUAAUGUAAAAAAAUAAAAAAAAAAAUUAAAAUGGUAAAAAAAAAUUAAAAAAAAAUUGUGGCCACAGCUGUGAUAUACACCCUACAUGUGCCAGUAGGGGGCAGCACUUUCAAAGGCUUUGCAUUUUGUUUUUCGAGGUGUCUUACUGAGGACCUCUUGUUUACAUUUUUUCUUUUUUUUUCUUCUUCCCUUCCUGUUGGGAGGGUCAUUGUUGUAUUUGGGGAGGGUGGGAUUUUUUUUUUUUUUUCAAAUGUUUACUCUUCCAUCAAAAAAAAAAAAAUUCGAACGAAAAACAAAACAGAAAAUAUGCUGAAGAUGCUUUUAUCUCUGGGAGUCCAGUUGUUUGUGUGUGUGUGUGUUUUUGUUUUGUUUUUUUCUAGGUUUUUUUUGUGAUUUUUCAGUUCUGAAAUAAUCCAAAAUGG